AUGAUCACCCGUGGAGCUCCUGAGUCCGCCAGCGCGUCUGCCUCGCCUUCAUCCCGUGCCCCCGCGGUACCUUCGGAUAGCGAGGCACCUGCUGCCACCGCUGUCGUCGUCGACGUGACCGGCGGGGAAGAGCCCUGGACGGCGACCUCCGCGAGGCGCACCGCGCCUGACACAGCGGCAGCUGAGGCCCGUAAGGGCAAGAAGAAGGUGGCUAAGCGGCUGACUGCCGGCACCGCAACUUCAGCUGCGAAGCCCCCGACGCGCGACACAGCGCACGAGUCCGACAGCGAGCUGGAGGAGAAGGCUGCGCCUCCCCCGGCGAAGAAGACGAAGAAGACAGCUGCGCCAAGCGCUCCGGUCACCGCGGAAGCCAAGCGUCCGGCCGGUCACCGCUCUGACCAAGGGUUCGACCUGACAACCUUCAUGGCCUCGUUCCAGCCCGGGCGCGGUGGUGCGACUGACGAUCCCUCACAAGCUGAGCGCGGUGCACCCACGACAAGGCCCGGCCCUGAUGUGGCCUCGGAGCUGCACGCACUCCGCGACGAGGUGGCGCGCCUACGCGGGCUCCUCGGAGCCCAUGGCCCACCUGCUCGAGACUGUACAUGCCUUGGUGCCACGACGGAUCCCAACACCAGAGGCGAGCUGCCACCGGCGGAGCUACGUCAGCUGACGACAGCGAGCUUCCCCGAGGGCGCCAAGAAGGCCAAGGGAGACUACAACCCGCCGCAGGCACACCUGCUAGCAGCGAGCCGCAUGUUUCGUGCCUUCGGGACGGAGACAGCGGAAGGCUCGGCUCGCGAAUCGAGCGAGAUGGAGACACUCGAGGACGGAUCUACCAACGUCAACUACUCGAGCGACUUCAGCGCUACGGCCGCUCUCCCGACGGCAUCCAUCCGCUGUACGACCUACGAAGACAUCCUGGAUGCCAUACACGGUCUGAGCGCCCUCGGUCAAGAGGUGUGGUACGACCACAUGCGAAAGUUGACGUCUCGGCUUCGCGCCUUCGUCGCGAAGAACAAGUCCGCGGACCCUACCAAUACUCCGGCUCGCGUCCGCCUUACACUGCUCUACGCGCUUCGCUCGAUCGACUACCAGUCUCCGGCGUGGACGAUGGCACUCCUAAGUACUCUGACCCAAGCCAGCGAAGGCGACCGCCGUCAGGGCCAAGCCCGUGGACGGCGCGACAACGAAGGGCGUCGCGAAGGCAGCCGGCGCCCCGCGAUCCCAGAUGCCAUCCGCCGUCUAAUCCCGAUGAAUCGCCGCGGUCAAGAACCCUGCCUGCUCAACGUCGCUGGUCUCCCGUGCUCUGGCGGCAUACGUGAGCGCUGCGGCAACCCGCGGCGUGUCCAUAACUGGUCGAAGCUGGCGUAUAGCUACCGCGUGAUACCUACCCCAAGUCUCGCGGAUCUGGUGCUGCAGAAGAAUUCCUGCUCGACGUACCUCUGCAGCACGCGCUUUCGGAAUAUGUCCGCCGGACGGAUCGUCAUCAGUCCCUUCGGGGUAGUCGACAAGGGCGGCGAAGAUUCGAGUGUUUCCGGUCGUACGAUUCACGACCUCUCGUAUCCGGAAGGCACCUCCAUUAACGACUGCACAGACCAAGAGAGCAUCACAAGACCCGACUACGCUCACUGCGAUGCCGUCGCUACCGAGAUAACCCGUGCAAAGCAGCUCCAACCCGGUGUCGAAGUCAAGCUAAUGGCCGGAGACGUAGCAUCGGCCUUCCGCAACAUCAGCAUCCACAGCAAGACUGUCUUCCUCUUCGCUGGGCUGAUCGAGGAGGAGAACGUACUGGUGAUCGAGCUAUCCGCGCCGUUUGGAUGGACUGGCUCCCCAGGUUUUUACGAGGUCGUCGCUGGCACCAUAUCUUACGUUCACGGCAAUCACACCAACGCCGCGUACCCGAAUGGCUUCUUCAAUUAUCACUGGGUGAACGACCACAUCAAUGUCGCGGUGGACGUUGGGUCCUCGUGUGACGACGCCGACCGGUCGCUUCGGUUCGCUAUGGUUGCCGUGCUAGGCGCUGACGCUAUCAACGACAAGAAGUUUACGAGUUGGAACACCCGCCAACGCGUGCUCGGUCUGGAAUUUGACUCCGUCGCCGAGAGCGUUUCCAUGCCACCAGAAAAAGUGGAGAAAGCCCGUCGAAUUGUCGCCGCGGCCUACAUCGCGUCACAUCUCAACCGUAAGGCGUACAGGUCACUCAUGGGGAGCCUUCGUCAUGUGGCUACAUGUAUCCGCGCUGCCCAGCCCUUUCUCCAGCGACUCCGAUUCAACGCACUCCCUCCGCCUGACACGGUGGUCGAGAUGGACGCUUCUGAUUUUGGUCUAUGCGCCUUGGAUGUGUCAUCUAGCUCAGCGUUAACCUACGCGUUCUCGCCGGACGAGCUGGAUCAUAUUCACGCGUUCAAGUCUGGCGUCGCUAACGGGUUCGACAUCAACUUCCGAAAACUGCUGUCGUGCGCAUUCGCGGUUCACGCCUGGGGACAACGAUGGUCUAUCCUCGCAGGGCAAGACGGCCGACCUCACCAUGUGCACUUCCGGAUUGACAACACUUCCGCCGUCGCCUGGCAGAACAAAAUGGCAUCACGGAACCCCCGCGCUCAGCUUAUCAUUCGGCUCCUUAGCUGUACGGCUUCGGUUCGGGUGGCCCCAUCCGCAGUGAGUCUAUCAUGGGCGUUCUUCAAGGCGUUCGGCUACGAAUUCCCGCUUACACACCCGCACAUUCGCAUGCUGCUCAAAGGGAUCGGCCGCCUGGACGUCGCCCGUCAACGCAAGGCGCCAGUGUCUCGGGACCUACUGGAAGCGUGCUUCCACAGACUCGCAUUCGACGAUCCCUUUGACCAAGCCCUCUGGGGGGCGUUCCGAAAUCGCGGCGAUCAGCAGUCGCUCUUUCAAGUGGUUUGCGCUUCGAGCCCAAGAUUCGUCGUUCUCGACUCGACGGGCAAUCCGACGCUCUCGCCGCAGCUUGCCCAAACCGUGUGCCUGCGCCUGAUCGGGUCGAAGACGAACCAAGGUGGCGCGCCGACGACAAGAAUGCUCUCACGGUCUGGACAUCCAUUUCUCUGCCCAGUGUUUGGCGCGCUCAUCCUUCUUCAAGCACGAAAGAGUCUCCCCGUCAGUAUCCCAGCGGCGGUGUACCUGUCUUGGAGAGGGAUCCCGGCAUGCGUUUCGUCUGCGGACGUCGCCGACGCGAUCAAGCAUGCAGCCUCGUCCACUGGGAAGGACCCAUGGCAAUUCAGCUGCCACUCCCUCCGCUCCGGCGGCGCGACGCAUAUGUAUCGCUGCGGCAUAGACGCACUGACUAUCCAGUUCCAUGGGCGUUGGAUCUCUGAUGCAUUCAAGUCAUACACCAGGCUCUGCGAGGAGUCCAUCACUACGCUGGCGGCGGACAUGGUGACCGGUACUACGGGGGAUUCGACUCUGCAUUAG